UCUGUCGAUACACCAACGAGAUGGAGCCAUCAGAGAAGUCACAACCAGCGACAGAACCAUAUGAGACCGAAAUCAAAGAGAUACACGAGACUACCUGGAGUUCAACAAGCUCUUCGAGUGCUUCGCUCAGUUCAAUUCAGAAUGAGGGAAGUGUAGACGAACAGAACGAUCACACCGUAGCCUUCGCAGAUCUCGAGCCGACUGCUUCCAGAAGCAUACCGACACCACCGCAGUCACACUCUGCAUACUUUGAUCCAAAGUAUGAGAUCAGGUGGGAGGAGAACGAUGUCGAAAAUCCUAAGAAUUGGUCGGUCUGGAGAAAGGCGCAUACUAUUUUUGCUUGCACGACUGCGAGUUGUACAUGUGUGCAGUNNGUGUUGUACUCUUCCGCAUAUACCUCAGGCAUUUCUGGCGCACAUAGCAUGACUGUAGAGCUUGGAGUGUCUAACUCGCUAGUGUCUCUUUCGGGCUUGUCAACGUACCUCUUCGGUAUGGCUUUUGGAAGCAUGAUCUGGGCUCCGCUGAGCAUGUUUGGCCGCCGGCCGGUGUACAUUUCGACGCUUUUCGCCUUCAUGUUCUUCAUUUUCCCCUGCGCCAUUGCGAAAGACGUCUCGACCGUCCUUGUAUGUCGCUUCUUCGCUGCGAUGGUUGGUUGUUCGGUCGUAUCAAAUUCGCCAGGCACAAUCAACGACGUCUCGAAAGACAAACACAGGGCGUUCACCUUCAGCUUUUGGUGCAUCGGCUUGAUGAAUGGGCCCGUCCUUGGUCCGCUUAUUGGUGGCUUCGUAUUCGAUAGUCUGGGCUGGCGAUGGAUCCACUGGAUAACACUGAUACUUGCCGGUGUAUCUUUCCUGUUGAUGGCAACGGUACCGGAGACAUAUGGUCCUACUCUCCUCAGAAGCCGUGCGGAAAAGAAGAGGAAGGACACUGGUGACAGCCAAUGGUGGAGCCAGCAUGAUGAAAGGCGAGCAUUCUGGCCCUUGCUUGGAGCAUCACUCUGGAGGCCAAUCUAUCUCACCGCUACAGAGCCGAUUCUCUGGUUCUGGGAUCUGUAUAUCCUGAUCAUCUACUCGAUGAACUACUUGACGUUCGUAAUCUACCCAAGAGUCUUUGUAGGACUUCGCGGGUGGUCGACCGGUCACACUGGACUCUCGUACCUUGGUAUUGGUGUCGGCAAUGUGUUGGUGAUCGUGUGCGAACCGCUCCUCAGGAAGAUGGUUCAACGCAGAAAGCUAGACACCAAGGGCAAGCCAACGCCCGAGUCACCAGUGUUCAUCGUGUGUAUCGGGGCAAUCCUGGUACCAAUCGGUGGUUUGAUGUUUGCUUGGACAUGUACGCCGGACGUGCACUACAUCUGGCCAAUCCUCUCGGGCAUUCCAUUCGGAGCAGGUACGACGGCAACAUUCAUCUAUGGAUCCAAUUACAUUGGACGUAGUUAUGGGAUGUACGCAGCGUCGGCCAUGGCUGGUAAUGUCUUGACUCGUACUAUUGCUGGCGGUACGCUUCCGUUGGCUGGACCAGCGAUAUGGAAUGCUCUUGGACCACACUGGCAAGGAACACUAUUGGGAUUAUUGGAGAUUCUCAUCAUUCCUAUUCCGUUUGUGUUUUACAAGUACGGCCAUCUGAUUCGACUCAAGUCAAAGUUCAUUAGCAGGAUGGAGCAAGAAGCCAGGGGUGGAGAAAAGGGAGGUGCC